CUGUGGUGUUGAAUGUGGUGGGAAAAUGUGGCUCGAAAAGCUGGUGCUGGUGUACUUGCUCACACUGUUUAACUCGCUGGAUGGAUACUUUCUGGAUAAUCAUCACCUACAGAGCAAUGGGCGCCAUCGAAGGAAAGACUCCAACGAGGCGAAGGCAGUGCACAGAAACUCAUUAGGUCCUUUACAAAGUCAAUUUAUAACUAAGAAUAAUACUAGAGUAAUUAGUCAACGAGGAGGCCUAGCGGUGCUGCCCUGCAGCGUCACCAUGACAACACCAGCCACUGUGUCCUGGUUCCGGCGGAAAGACUACCAGCUGCUGACGGUCGGCCUUUCGACGUACAGCAGCGACGAUCGGUUCCUGGUCGAGCAUACGCGCCACCUCGGCAACUGGGCGCUGCGGAUAAAGAACGCCCGCAAGGAGGACGAAGGACUGUACGAGUGCCAAAUAUCCACCCAUCCACCCCAGUCGAUAUUCAUCGAGCUUAGGAUCGUCGAGGCGGUCGCAGAAAUUCUCGAAGCGCCCGAUUUGCAUAUAGACGAAGGAUCGACGCUGCGACUGGAAUGCAAACUGAAACGUGCCACCGAAAGUCCGCUUUACGUCUUUUGGUAUCACGAGGAUCGGAUGGUGAACUACGAUCAGGAGGAUGGUGUGUCUGUGUCGAACAAUAAGCUCACCUCCAGCAUUCUCACGGUGCGGAAUGCGACGGCUCGGCACGGUGGCAACUACACCUGCGCUCCGGCCAACGCGCGCCAAUCGAGUGUUUACGUGCACGUGCUGAAAGGUGAAAAGUUGGGCGCAAUGCAACAAACAAACAAAAACCCAACGGCAACGUCCGGUGCCAGUGCGACCCUGUCACUAACCGCAUAUCGGUGCGGUUCGUUACGGCCAACGGUGGACCGGAGCAGCACGUACUGUCUGGUGCUGGUUAGUUUGCUUCCUGCCACGAUCAGUCUCAUCACGAUGCUGACAUGUUGGUCGGUGGCGCCGAGCGUCAACAGCACGAUGCCAGCCCGACCGACGACGGAACACAAGCGACGACGGCACGUUACGGCUUGCCACGCCGCCCAGCGCCCCGGGCGUACCGCACUGCACUGUAUACUAACCGUUCUUCUACACUUCGUAAAGACUAUCUUCAGCAAAAGUAUUAAAUUGUUCGAUGUUGAUUAA